AUGUCUUCCGACUUGUCAGCACACCUACCACCUGCCGACGACAUGGACUCAUCCGUCGCGCAACAACCCUACGAAGCAGCAGCAGUCAACGGUGAACAGCAACCAGACAUCGACCCGGCGACUGCGGACCCCGCCGACAGCGCCAUCGACGCUCCCACAGACGCGCCCGUUGGGCCAACGGAUGCUGCGAUGGACGCGAAAGUCACAGCACUACGACCCGCAGAUCUGAAUCCUUCUGGCCCAUCACCUGUGGACGACGUAAGUAGCGGUAUUCAACCUGUCGCCGACUUUCUUCCUUCAAAGGACUCUACGCAUCUUUCACAUCCCACGCCACCACCUGAUGAGCCUCUGACCACAGGCGCUGCGGAUGUGGAGAUGGCGGGAAUGGCUGGCGACGCGCAGUCGCCCGUGGCCGACACGCGCUCGAUGAGUGCGCAGCCGGAGCAGGGUCUGGUGCGGCCGCGUGAGGAUGAAGGUGAAGAUGAGCGUGCUGCGAAGCGGAGUAAGCUGGACGAUGACGUCGUGAUGGAGUCGACUUCUGGCAUGGCUGCACCGCCGACCACCGAACCUGUCGACGCGGUCACUGCUUCGGUCAUGAAGACCGUCGAUGAGCCUGGUAUGGAUGCCACACGAGCAUCAACGAGGGAGCCUUCUCCGCAAACCGUCCCAAUACUUCAGCCGACAGGCGAGCCACAAGCGACAGAACCACCAGCUAUCGCCAGCGAUCCGACAGCGCCGCCUGACACCGCACCUCCAAGCGAAGACGUCAAAGUCGAGGCCACUCAACCCACGACGCAGCAGCCAGCAUCAGACGUGCUCGACGCUCCAAGCGAGACGGUGGACAGCGGCAACGCCAUGGUAGCUGACACUCAGCCUGAUGUGAAGCCGCCUGAUCAGGUGACUGCGAGCGACAGUCAAGCUCCACCACCAUCAGCAACUCAGCCAGCGCCGGACAGCGCUGGCAAGCCCACGUACAGCACUGAGGCUAUGACUCCAGCCCAGAGAAGCUUCCUCCUCGAGAAGGUGAAGAACUUGAAGAAGACGAAGAACUCGGGUCCGUUCGCAAAGCCUGUCGAUCCUGUGGCGCUCAACAUCCCAAAUUAUCUGACCAUCAUCGAGAAACCCAUGGACCUCAGCACUCUGGAAACGAAUCUCAAGAAGGGCGAGUACAACUCAGUCCAGGCCUUUGCCGACGAUUUCGACAUGAUCAUCAGCAACACUCGUCGUUUCAAUGGCGAUGCGCACGCGGUCACGCAGAUUGGCUUCAACCUUGAAGCGUACUUCCGGAAGGCGAUGGAGACUGUGCCCAGCGCGCAGAUGGCUGCACCAUCCAAACCGGAGAAGAAGCGGUCGGUGUCAAUUCCGCGCGAGCCGCCACCACGGCGCGAAUCGCGUCAGGUCGCUCCGCCUGCCGCUCCUGCUCCACCGGCUGGUCAAGGAGCAGACACGUACGCCUUGCAGGCCGAUGGCACUCCUCAAAUCCGUCGCCAGUCCAGCAAUCGUCCAGCCCGGGCCAUCAAGCCUCCUGCGAACCGCGAGAUCCCGUACGCCAAGCCGAAGAGGAAGGCGCAUCAGCUCGAGCUCCGCUUCUGCGACUGGAUCCUCCAUGAGAUCUCAAGCUCCAAGUAUGGCAACCUCAAUCAUCCAUUCCAGGCGCCCGUCGACCCAGUCGCUCUCAACAUUCCGCACUAUCGUCAAGUCAUCAAGCAUCCGAUGGACCUUGGGACCAUGAUGCAGAAGCUGAAGAACGGUGAAUACAGCACUGCAGCAGAAGUCAAGAAGGACUUCGAGCUGAUCAUCUCAAACUGCACGUCCUUCAACCCUCCGGGCAAUCCCAUUCGCGACAUGGCGAUCGGGCUCCGCCGCGAGUUUGAGACAUUGUGGGCGCAGAAGGAGAAAUGGGAGCGUAAGAACCAGCCCAUCUCCAAUCGUGCCUCUUCGGCUUCAGCAGAUGAUGAGAGUGUUGUUGAUGAUGACGAAGAAGACGAGGAGGAUGAUAAGAAGACCGCCACCAUCAAGGCUCUUCAGAAGCAGCUCGCUGACAUGCAAAAUGCGCUUUCAGGAUUAGGAUCCGCGGAUGGCGGCAAGGCCUCGAAGAAGAAAGCGAAGGCCUCUAAGAGCGGUUCAAAGAAGGUCGGCAGCAUGUCCGCGGCGCCGAAAGCGAAGUCUGCAGCUAAGCCUGCCGCCAAGUCGAAGAAGACCCGCACCGUGACGUAUGAGGACAAGCAGGAGAUUUCGGAGGCUGUCCCUAAGAUGGACGAGUCGCAGGUGUCGGAGCUGACCAGGAUCAUCACCACCAACUCCGCCAAGCACCGUGAGAUGGGCGACGAGAUGGAGCUGGAGAUCGACGACCUGCCCAACGACGUCCAGAUCAUGCUCCUCGAUUUCGUCCGCCGGAUCUUCGGCAAUCCUAAGAAGAAGGCUCGUGAGAUGUCGCCGGACGAUGCUGCUGCGCUGGACGACGACGACUUCGAGCCCGCUCGUCGUGGCAGUGGUGCGGCCGGCAAGCGCAAGAAGCACAAGCCGAUGGGCAAGGUGGAGCAGCAGAAUGCGAUUGACAAGUUGCGCGGCAAGCUGGCGCAGUUCAACGGGGCUACUAGUGGUAGCGAGAGCCCGACGAACUCGAGCUUUGCCGUUGCGAAGGAGGAGGUUGAGAGCAGUGGUGACGAGGAGAGCGAAGAGUCCGAGGAGGAGUAG